CCACAGUGCGCCUGCGCGGGGUGGUUAUAUAGGUAGUGGCGGCCAGAGGACGCGGCUGAGGAGCUGGAGAAGUGGCUCGGUAGCAGGAUCAAAAAACCCGAAAAUGGAAACUGUUGUUCGCCGCUGCCCCUUCCUGUCACGGGUAUCCCAGGCUUUUCUGCAGAAGGCUGGCAAGUCACUGCUCUUUUAUGCUCAGAACUGCCCUAAAAUGAUGGAAGUUGGGACCAAUCCUGCUUCCCGUGCCCUGGGUACUUCACUUGUUCACUGCCAACAAGCUGAAGAAACAACCUCACCCAAUGACAAGGCCAAAAAUUCCAAAGAUGUGUCCCAGGAGAACACCAAUGGAUCCCAGCUGCCUAUUAGCCAUCCACCUGCUGUUACUAGCCAGAGCACUAGUCCAAGCUCUGCCACUAAAUGCCCCUUCCUGGCAGCUCAGAUGAACCCUACGAACACUAAUGUUUUCUGCAAAGCCAGCCUAGAACUCCAAGAGGAUGUUCAGGAAAUGCAGGCUGUAAGGAAAGAGUUUACUAAAACACCAGUGAAUCCUACUGUGAUAAACACCAAGACUUCUGGAGAAGAGCAAAAUGGCUUGCUGAAGAAGUUCCAGGAUAUUAUGUUAAAGCAAAAACCAGAAAGAGUGUCUCAUCUGCUUCAGGAUAACUUGCCAAAAUCUGUUUCUACUUUCCAGUAUGACCAGUUCUUUGAGAAAAAAAUUGAUGAGAAAAAAAAGGAUCACACAUAUCGUGUAUUCAAAACUGUGAACCGAAGGGCACAGGUCUUUCCCAUGGCAGACGACUACUCUGAUUCCCUUAUCAGCAAAAAAGAGGUGUCUGUAUGGUGCAGCAAUGAUUACCUAGGGAUGAGUCGCCACCCCCGAGUGUGUGGAGCUGUUAUGGAUACAUUGAAACAACAUGGUGCUGGAGCAGGAGGCACCAGAAAUAUUUCCGGAACAAGUAAAUUUCAUGUUGAUUUGGAGCAAGAGUUGGCUGAUCUCCAUGGAAAAGAUGCAGCAUUGCUUUUCUCAUCAUGCUUUGUAGCUAAUGAUUCCACUCUCUUCACGUUAGCUAAAAUGUUACCAGGCUGUGAGAUUUACUCAGAUGCAGGAAACCAUGCCUCCAUGAUUCAAGGAAUUCGGAACAGCAGAGUGCCUAAGCACAUAUUUCGCCAUAAUGAUGUCAAUCAUCUCAGAGAACUACUGAAAAAAUCAGAUCCAUCUACUCCCAAAAUUGUUGCAUUUGAAACUGUUCACUCAAUGGAUGGUGCAGUAUGUCCACUGGAAGAAUUGUGUGAUGUAGCUCAUGAGCAUGGGGCGAUCACUUUUGUAGAUGAAGUACAUGCUGUUGGGCUGUAUGGCACUCGGGGUGGUGGCAUCGGAGAUCGGGAUGGAGUCAUGCAUAAAAUGGACAUAAUCUCUGGAACACUUGGCAAAGCAUUUGGUUGUGUGGGCGGAUACAUUUCCAGUACAAGUUCUUUGAUAGACACCGUACGUUCCUAUGCUGCUGGCUUCAUUUUCACAACAUCCCUGCCACCCAUGCUGUUAGCUGGUGCGCUUGAAUCAGUCAGAACUCUAAAGAGUGCAGAAGGGCAAGUUCUUCGACGCCAGCACCAACGCAACGUUAAGCUUAUGAGACAAAUGCUAAUGGAUGCUGGACUCCCUGUAGUACACUGUCCGAGUCACAUCAUUCCAAUCAGGGUUGCAGAUGCUGCUAAAAAUACUGAGAUCUGCGACAGACUGAUGAGUCAGCACAGCAUCUAUGUCCAGGCAAUAAACUACCCCACAGUUCCACGUGGAGAAGAGCUGCUGCGUAUUGCCCCAACUCCUCAUCACACACCGCAGAUGAUGAAUUACUUCCUUGAGAAACUGAUGGCUACAUGGAAGAACGUUGGUCUGGAGCUGAAACCGCACUCUUCAGCGGAAUGCAAUUUCUGUAGAAGGCCUCUGCAUUUUGAGGAGAGAAAUCUGAGACAGACAAGCCACAAUAGAGAUGAAAUCUGCAGAAAAAUGUCAUGACUGGUGAAUGUGAAGAACUGCAAAUAGCAUGCUGAAGAACAGGAAGGAUCAACUUUCUUUGAGACAAAGAGGAGAAUAAAUAAAUAUAAAUGUCAUUGUUCCUGUGCAAACAAAGCUUGGAAAAUAAGGUUGCAUAAAAGAGGUUAUAUAAUUCAUUAGUUUGGUUUACAAAUACAUGGGGAAACUAAUUGGAAAGCUAUUAAAUUACCAGACUAAAAAGCCCCGGGAAGGAACAGAUCUUGGGGAGCGUGUUUAAAUAAACUUUGGGAAU